ACCAAACCAAACACCCCUAUUGGCCCAUCUAAAGCGUCUAAUUACAUGCAUGAAAAUUUGCCUUUUUUUGUAAAUAUGUCUUAAUUAAAGCCAAAGCAUAUUUACAAAUUCGCACCGAAUUAUGGAUUACAUGAACGCGGAAAUCUCAGAUCGCGACUUGAUACUGCAAUGGAUAAAUACGGCGAGCUUCUCGCAAAACUCGAAAGAGAAACUGGACAUUCUCCACAAGCUGCAGGAGUUCCUCAUUCGCAAGGCGCCGAGUCUGCUGCCCGAGUUCCUCGAAAACGUGCUGGGCUUUACCACCGACAAGAGCCCCGACAUAAAAAAGGCGCUGGUCGCGUUCAUCGAAGAGGCCUGCAAAACCAACGAAUGCCUUCUGCCGAAGGUGAUACUCAGCUUACACAUGCUACUUUGCGUCGACAGCAUACCCGUUCAGAAGCGUGUCAUUCAAGCCGCGAUCACGAUCUACCGGCGAAUGCUCAGCUGGUUGUGUAAGGCUUCGGUUAUUACGCCCGAAAUGGAGCAGGCUUGGAAUCAACUGAACGUCAUUAAGGUCGAAAUCGUCAACAUGAUCGAUAGCGAUAACGACGGCGUCCGCACCAGUUCCGUUAAAUUCCUCGAGUGCGUCGUUUUACUGCAAACCUACCCGGACCCGUACGAAACGCGCUCCUCCAACAACUUUAGCUUGGACGACGUACCUCUGACGUUAAAAAUUGCACGCCGACGUAAACUCGAGGAGGAGGCCAAUAAAAUAUUCGAUUUGUUGAUCAAAUUUAACGGCUCCCAGCAUGUCAGUAGCGCAAAUCUGUUUGCGUGCAUCGGAGCGUUGGCAAAUAUUGCCAGGCAGCGACCGGAGUUUAUGGGUAAAGUUAUUGCGGGAAUCGAACUGCUGCACUCCAAUAUGCCGCCUACUUUGAGCAGUACGCAGGUGAAUUCGGUACGGAAGAAGCUUAAAACGGAAUUGUGCUCGUUAAUUAAGCAUCAUGCCAGUUUCGAUUAUCUCGAAAGCCUUACGACGAUGCUUGUCGAGCUAGGAUACUCGAUGCAAGAACUGGAGAGAAUGCUACCGAAAGCAGACGAGCGUAGGCGUUAUGUCAAACGAAGUUUAAACGACGAACAGCUUCAGCCGACUAAACGGCCGAGGCUCGAGCAGGACCCCAACUCCGAGCAGCAAAAGUUAGCGACGGAUAUAAACGAAAAGUUCGUUUUGGAGAAGUUGAAUAUCGACAUAGCCGUACAGCUGGUACUAAAGACACUACCGAAACUGCCGCAAACCAUGCCCAAUCAAUUUAAAAUCGACUACUCCGCCUUCAUUAAAAUGGGUCACGUAGGCGAACUGAAAGUCCUGGGGAAGAUGGUGGCGAUACAACUUUUGGAGGCGGGACUGGGUCCCGGGGCCGAGAAGUUCCUGGCCGCGCCGCCGGCGAAAGAGAAGUCGCCCGUCAUCGAAAUCCGAGCGAAAAAGAAGGAGGAGGAAGAGAGCCUUGCGCAGAAGAAGGAGCGGCCGAAGGUGCCGCGAAUUAAAACGUUGAAGUUGGCCGAAAUUACAAAACCGCUGGAAAAAUCCAACAAGGAGGUAUUGCUUUUGGGAACCGUACAGAGAAUUUUAAUGGCGGAGAAGACGGCAUCCACUCAACUUCGACAGAAAGUCAUUGUGACACUUGCCUCGUCGUUUGGUGAAGUCGUGCGCGCUUCGGUUCUUGCCUUUUUGUUAACAGAUUUGCGCUCCUAUUUGGAUAUCGCUCUCGCAUGGUUGUUUGAGGAAUAUAGUAUUAUGCAGGGAUUUACACGUUUGCCCGCAAUGAGAAGAGACGGACGUUUGGAUCAAGGCUACACGACUCUCUUGGGAAUGUUCAUAAAUGUGGCCUCCGGAGACGCCCUGGUCCUCUCGCGUAUCAUGCUGGAGGCCCCCAUGAUUACGGAUCAGGCCCUGGACCAAUUGUGCGUGCUGUGCAAAGACGUGAAUCGGUGCGCUUGGGCCUUGGGGCUUAUAAAAGACUUGGUCAUUAGGCGUCCACCGAAGCAGUCGACGUUUUUGAAUGCGCUGUUAAUACACACAACUCACGAGCAGCAUGAAGUACGGGAGUGCGCUAUUAAUCAUUUGAUGGACUUGUAUAAACGACCGAAUCUGAAAGGCAGCAUUGAUAAGUUUGUUCAGUUACACUUAGAUUUUCUACGGUUAGCGCAGCCGCCGAUGAGUUUAUUUGGAGAGAGCCAAGGCAGACUGAUGGGCGGAGAUUCUUGGAAUGACGAUCUUGUACGUUGCUGCUUAAUGCCGUACGUAUCUCUUUUACCAAUAAACCAAACCUUAAUCCACAAUCUGGCAAAAGUGUACGUGCAAACGAACGCUGAUAUUAAGAGAAUCAUCUUACGUUUACUUGAACCGCCGAUUAGAGUAAUGGGAAUGGAAUCUGCCGAACUUUUAAAGCUAGUGGAAGAAUGUCCGAAGGGCUCCGAAACUCUCGUGACGCGAGUUAUACACAUUUUAACCGAUAAGGGCCACCCAAGCACUCAGCUGGUGCAGCGUGUUAGAGAGUUGUAUCAAACUCGCGUUUCCGAUGUACGUUUUCUUAUUCCGGUACUUAACGGCUUAACGAAGCAGGAGAUUAUUUCCGCCUUACCUAAACUGAUCAAGUUAAAUCCUGUUGUUGUACGCGAAGUUUUUAACCGACUCCUAGGCUUACACGGUGAAAGUCCAAUUACGCCGACCGAACUGCUAGUCGCUCUCCACUUAAUCGAUCCGAGCAAGGCCGACUUGAAGACGACAAUGAAGGCUACUUCAAUGUGCUUAAACGAGAAACAGGUGUUCACGCAAGAAGUGUUAGCGGUCGUUCUGCAACAGCUAAUGGACCAAACUCCGCUCCCGACGCUCCUAAUGCGAACCGUCAUACAAGCGCUCUCCUCGCAUCCUCGCCUUUCCGGUUUUGUGAUGAACAUCCUGCAGAGGUUGAUUCUGAAACAGGUUUGGAAGCAGAAGGUGGUGUGGGAGGGUUUCGUUAAGUGCUGCCUGAAGACGAGACCUCAGAGUUUUUCCGUACUGAUGCAGUUACCCGCCGUUCAGUUGACGGAGGCGUUGGGGAUGUGUCCCGAAAUUCGAGAUCCCUUACGACAGUAUCUGCAGAAUUUCACAGAGGGACAGAGGAGUCAUAUACCGUCGGCCGUGCAGGAAGUGCUUGUGGAUCUACCUAAUGCCCUUAUCCCACAAAAACCACCGGAAAUGGUGCCGGCCCCCGUCAUAAACGAUCCACUACCACCUCCUGUCUUGGGGUCGAUGGAACCGCUUCCCCCAGGUAUGGAGUAAAACAAUUAAAAGUAAGUAUACUCAAAGUAUUUAUAAAGAAGUACAUAAUUAAAAGUGGAAUUAUAAUUUAUGUGUAAAUGUAUGAAUUUUUUACUAUGGAGACAUUAAAAUUUAUAAAAUAA